AUGGCCUCUACUACAAAUUGCACAUACACCUUCUUCCGCGUCUCCAAAAAAGACGGAAUCACCACCUCAGCCCAAAAAUUCCGAGAUCUACGCCUCAAAGCACUAAAAGCCUCACCAGGCUCAUUCGCCUCAACCUACGAGAUCGAGUCCGCCUUCACAGAAGCCGAGUGGGCCCAGCGCAUCACAGCCCCAGACUACGAAGUCUUCAUUUGCGCCGCCACACAUAACUCACCCGAUUCAUCCGAAUGGAUAGGCCAAGUGACUCUCCGCGGACCCUUAUCCAAGGCAGUCUACACCCUACCCGCAGAAUCAGGUCUGACUCCACCAAAACCCGACGAUGAAGAAGAGCGAUGGCAGAUGCUAAGUCUGUUCACGCUUCCUGGGCAUCGCGGUCUGGGUCUUGGCGCUAAACUGUGCCAGUGUGCACUUGAGUAUCUGAGAUCGUACCGAGAGUCUCCGGGGGAGGUCCUGGUGCGGUUGAUUGUUAAGCCGGAGAAUCAGGUUACGGUUAAGCUUUAUCAAAGGCUUGGGUUUGGGUUGGCGGGGAAGGCGACGCUUGAAGAGGCUCUUACGGCGAAUGGGGAUGGGCAUCUUUUGCCGGUGGAUCGGAGUGAGGCGAAAUGGACGGAGAGAGGGGGGUUGAUUAUGGUUUCGAGGUUGGUGCGUUCGUGA